AGUACUGAGAAUCCUUCCCUGCAAAGGAGAGGAAGAAAGCCAGAUGCUGGAAUGAAAGCAGAGUAAAGAAGAAGUGAAGUAGAAUCUAUCCUUUCUCUCUCUGUAUCUCUGUUAUUCUGUCUCUGUUCUGAUAUCAAUUCCCCUCCUUCAGCUUCAGAUUUUCAUUUCCAGAGCUUCAUGUGAUUCUGAUCUUUGUUCUGAAUUCUAAGGACAUGGUUAUUCGAAUUUGAGACAGAUUUUGAGCCCUUUUUGAAAUUAUAAAAGAUGGGUUUUUUCUUUUGAAAGUCUGUGAGUUGAGUGACAGAAAGGACGAACGAAAUGUCUUUCAAGAACAAGUUAGCAGAGCCGCCUUCUAAGAGCGUAGUGUCUAGGAGAUGGACCUUAUUGUUUUGUGUCGGCAGCUUUUUUGUUGGAAUGCUCUUCACUAGCAGAAUGUGGGCAGUACCUGAAGCAACUGAGGCUAAAGGUAUAAUGAGGAAUAGUGCAGAGGAUGAAAAGCUAAAGCUAGUUUCAGAGGGGUGUGAGCCUAGAUAUAAGGGCACAAAGCGUGAAUCCAAGGACAUUCUAGGGGAAGUUUCAAAGACUCAUCAUGCUUUACAAACACUGGAUAAAACAAUUUCAAACUUAGAGAUGGAAUUAGCAGCUGCAAGGGCCGCCCAUGACUCUAUACUCAAUGGAUCUCCAAUAUCUGAAAACCAAAAGGUCUCUCAGUCCACAGGGAAAAGAAAAUAUUUGAUGGUUAUAGGAAUUAACACUGCUUUUAGCAGUAGGAAGCGAAGAGAUUCGGUUCGUGCCACUUGGAUGCCACGAGGUGAGAAAAGAAAGAGGCUGGAGGAAGAGAAGGGAAUCAUUGUUCGCUUUGUUAUUGGUCACAGUGCUACAUCUGGUGGUAUUUUGGAUAGAGCCAUUGAAGCAGAGGAUAGAAAGCAUGGAGACUUGUUAAGGCUGGAUCAUGUUGAGGGGUACCUUGAAUUAUCAGCCAAGACAAAGUCCUAUUUUGCUACUGCUGUUGCUUCAUGGGAUGCAGAUUUCUACAUCAAAGUUGAUGAUGAUGUCCAUGUAAAUAUAGCAACACUUGGAGCAACUUUAGCUAGACACCGCUCGAAGCCCCGGGUGUAUAUUGGAUGCAUGAAGUCUGGACCCGUCCUCGCUCAAAAAGGAGUUAGAUACCAUGAACCUGAGUAUUGGAAAUUUGGAGAGGAGGGAAACAAAUACUUUCGGCAUGCUACGGGUCAGCUAUAUGCCGUUUCAAAAGAUCUGGCUACCUAUAUCUCAAUAAACCAGCAUGUGCUUCACAAAUAUGCUAAUGAGGAUGUUUCAUUGGGAGCUUGGUUUAUUGGCUUAGAUGUGGAUCACAUUGAUGAUAGAAGAUUAUGUUGUGGUACCCCACCAGAUUGUGAGUGGAAGGCUCAGGCAGGCAAUAUCUGUGUUGCUUCAUUUGAUUGGAGCUGUAGUGGGAUUUGCAAAUCUGCUGAGAGAAUCAGGGAGGUUCAUCAGCGGUGUGGAGAAGGUGAAAAUGCUCUCUGGAGUGCAGCUUUCUGAGAAGCAGGCUGGAGUUCUUCCAAACUCAGGAAGAAGUGGCAUGAGAAGGAAAGCACACGGUGCGAGAGUCUUCCAGUGAUAUGUUGGUGUAGAAAAUGUAUUUAGUAUCACAAUGUAGAAUUAUAGUUAAGAGAGAGAGAGAGAGAGAGAGAGAGAGGCCUUGCUCCUUGCAAUGGGUUUUGCAAUUUUAGCAGAGGAGACCACUCCUGAAGCAGCAAAAGGGAAGCAAGCAACAGGUUGUCACCACCAUUCUUUAAAUGCUUGGAAGGCCAUUUUGUAACUUACUUUUGAGUGGCUACUGAGCUUCAUAAUAAACGCCAAUCUUUGAGGCAGCUUUUGCUGCCUUUUGUUUCAUAAAUUAGUGAAAGCUGUUUUAGGCUUU